AUGCGACCAGUCCCUGGCGCGUUCAUCAACACACCGGCGGCGGCCCGAACUACAGCACAGGGAAAUGACCCCGUAAGGCGUAGGCUCUUUUCUGAUGCUAAUCCGCCGAGCACAUCAUCUGGGCAGCUCACUGCGGGAGGUGCGGCGGCUGGUUCCACGGCCGGAGAUCACAACGCUGGGUUGCCUGCUGCUCGAUCAGCCGACUCCCUCACAAAGCUCCCCCAAGUGAGCCAAAGUUCGCCUGUCGCAAAGGCGGCCAGAGCGAUCAACAUGGUGCUCCAGGCAGACGGCAACUUUCCAGAUCUAGAUUCCUAUCUCCGACCCGGUGCAUCCUCCGAUUACGACCUCUCCCCGUCGAUUCAUCCGCAGCUCCCUUUCAGAAAGCCCAGACUCGUUGCCACGACAUCAGAGUUGAUAUUGCUCGGCGUCGCCGCUGAGACCACUCCCAAGGGCACGCGCAGUGUUUCGCUCUAUCAGACGAAAAUGGUUCUCCCAAUCCGGGGCGCCGAUGUCAGUCUCAUCGCCGGUUCCGCCAACGGCCGCAUCUUUUUCGGCGGCGGCAGCGAUACCGACGUGUACGAACUUUACUAUCAGCAAGAGGAGAAAUGGUUCUCUAACCGUUGUGGAAAGAUUAACCAUACUAACCCGGGUUGGACCGCCGUGAUCUCCUUGCAAAACAACUUUUGGCCGGCGAAGGAGCCAGAACACCUGACGAGUCUAGUUGUCGAUGACUCCCGCAACCUACUCUACACUUUGUCCUCGCGUUCGACGAUCCGUACAUACCAUAUGGAGGCCCCGAACAAGCUUAACAAGGUCAUUGACAAGGAAAAGAAUAGCUGCCUGCGGGAGAUCAGCCACAUGAUCAACUUCUCCCCUCUGCUAAAUGACCGCAUGCAUCUCGUUUCCAUCAGCCCCAUUUCCUCUCGAGAGGCGUCCAAACUACACUUGAUGGCGCUCACGAAUACCGGUUGUCGACUGUUUUUGAGCGCGACCAGCUCGGCCGCAUACACGAUUGGUGCCACGACAAACGCGGUCCCGCAGAGCCUAAUCCUCAGUGGAGAUGCGGUCACCGAUACGCAGUCCGAGUCUUUAAAGACUAGUCGUAAUGGAGUUCGAUAUGCCCCUGGCUAUUUCCUCGAUUUUGUCAGCAAAGAUUCGCACCCCAACGCCGAUCUCCUCUUUGUGUCCGCACCCGAGACCGCGCGAAUCCGCAACAUCUCCCAAGGCUCGCCUCUUCGGUACUACGAACAUGGCAACUGGAUCGAACUCGGAAGCCGAGUCGAAGCCGUAGGCCUUGUCACAAAGCCGUUUGCGGCCGCCAAACAACCACAGGGGUUCGGUAACGAGCUUGCCGUGCAGUUCGACGAUGCCCCCAGUGAAUUCGCGAUCCUCACCAACUCUGGCGUCCAUGUCGUGCGCCGGAGACGGCUAGUUGACAUAUUUGCCUCGUCACUUCGGGGUUCUUCGGGUGAUGAGGGCGCAGAUAGUAUCGCCCGGAAAUUCAUUGGCCUUUAUGGACGAGUGGAGACCAUUGCGUCUGCACUUGCCGUGGCAUGUGGCCAUGGGGCGGGUGGCGAGCAAAAGGAGGAGGUUGCCCUCCAGGCUGAACACCAAGCGCUCCACGCCCUGGAGAAGCUAAUGGAGAGCAUCUCGGAGGGCAUCUCUUUCGUUCUCAUGCUCUUCGACGAGCGCGUCAGCGACAUCUAUACGAGACUAGAUGAUGGAACCCGCCAGGGUCUCAAGGAUCUCACGUACGAGAGGCUCUUCUCCACAGCACCCGGGAAGGACCUCGCCAAGGUCCUAGUCAAAGCCAUUGUCAACAGGAAUAUCGAAAGUGGAUCUAACGUGGAGACCGUGGCGGAUGCACUCAGGAGGCGCUGCGGAAGCUUCUGCAGCCCUGAUGAUGUAGUCAUUUUCAAAGCACAAGAACAGCUAAAGCGAGCCUCGGAGCAGCCCGUUGGUUCGAAUACGGCGCGUGGCCUCCUGCAAGAAAGUCUGAGCCUCUUCGAGCGAGUAGCGAGCAACCUCUCGUACGGCAACCUCGUCGUUGCCGUAGAAGAGUACACCAAGAUGCGUUACUAUGCUGGAGCUAUCCGACUAUGUCUCACGGUUGCCCACGGCAAGGAUCGCGGCAAUGCGGCGCUCGCAUGGGUCAACGAUGGCCGGCCAGCCAACGAUCAGCGCGCUGGUGCGUUCCAAGAACGCAAACUCUGCUACGACCUGGUGCACCAGGUGCUCCAACAGCUCGAUCGCGAGGUCGGCCACGAACCGGAUAUGAUUGACGGGAAACCGACAUUGACGGCGACCAAACGACUCGAAGCGUACGACGUCGUCAAUGGGUCGAACGAUGAACUGUUCCACUUUGGCCUGUAUCAGUGGUACAUUGACCAGGGCUGGAUGGACCGUAUCCUCGCCAUCGAGUCUCCGCACGUUGUCACGUUCCUUGAAAGCCUAGCGAGGGAGGAUGCGACGCACGCUAAUCUGUUGUGUCGCUUCUACACUCACCAAGGCCAGUACUACCAAGCCGCGGUUGUCCAGUCCGACCUCGCGCAGGCAGACCUCCCCAUCAAUAUCAAGGAGAGGAUCAACUUGCUGAGCUUAGCCAAGACGAACGCCAACGUGUCUUCGCCCGGCGUAGCCAGACAACAGCAACAGGUGCUCAACCACAAAAUUUCCGAGCUCCUCGAGAUUGCCCACAUUCAGGACGAUGUGCUCGAACGAUUACGGGUGGACAGUCGAAUUGACCCUCAGCGGCUCAUCGAGAUUGAGGACAAAUUGGACGGAAAGAUCCAGAACCUAACAGAGACUAACUCGCAAACUCAAAAGCUUUUCAACGACUACGCCGACCAAGCUGGCUACUACGACCUCUGCCUUCUCAUCUAUCAUGCUGCGGACUAUAGGAACCCUACGACCAUCGCGGAGACGUGGACCAACUUGAUCCAGCUCGAGCACGAGGAGGCUCAAGAAGCCGCGGGGAUGAGCGACGUCUGCCUUAUGAGUCUCGUCAUCUUCCCCAUCCCCACACUCCUCCCCGAGGUGUGCAGGUAUGCCUGCGUCAACGGUCAAGACGCGACGAUUGGAGCGGACCCGGCAUGGCCCGUCCAACUAUUCCUUGCUGUUGGUGUUUCGCACGACAUGAUUAUCCGAGUCCUCGAGCACGUGUUCGAUACUCAGGAUUACGGUUUUACCGGCACCGCUCGAAGAACCAGACUCGUGGAGCUGAUUGCCUACGUUGUUGAUUCGUGGGCCAAGGAGAUUAGGAGAAGAGGAGCUAGUGCCAAGGGUACGGGCCUGAUGAGCCCGGGCCUCGUGGACUUGAUUGAGAGGUGUGAGAGGGCGCUCCCGCCUGCUCCUGGGGGUAACAACCUUGGAGGCGCGGAUCUUCCAGAGCUCAGGAGGAUCGUCAAAACGUUGAAGAGGGAAGUUUCCAGCUUGGUGGAGAGGAUGGGGACAGGUAGUCUGAGGUUUGCAUAA